AUGAAUCACAGAGAACACAUCGGAAGAGAGCUUCGUUUUGUCCAUGGUUGCAACAGUUUUGCCGUUAAAAAUUUCUAUCCAGUAGCCAUCCGGAUCUGUGAUGAAAGCAAUCCCCUUCAUCUUGCCGUCGUCUGGUUUUUUCACGAAAUUUACUCCAAGCUUUUCAAAACGUUCGCAUGCUGCAUAGACGUCUGGUACUGCGAUUCCUAUAUGUCCUGUAGAUUGAAUAUAAAAUAUGAGCACCUGAUAGUCCUAAAUCUCCAGCUAAGCUCUAUAGUAGCUUUCCUGCCUAAUGCCCAGGCUACCCUUUCCUGGCAUGAAAGUUCAAUUGUUCCAAUAUCAUCUUCAAAGCCCAUGAAGUACAAGGAGAAUUUCAUUUCAGGGAAGUCCAAUUUAGUUAACAACUUCAUACCAAGUACUUGA